AUGGGGACUCGGCAGCGGGUCCUCGCGCCAUGGGCGGUGCUGCUGCUCGCGCUGCAGCUCGCCGGUGCCUCCCAUGUCAUCCACCGGAGCCUGGAGGCCGAGGCGGCACCGGCGUCGGUGCCAGCCUCCAUUGUCAGCCCCCUGCUCAGGACGGGAUACCAUUUCCAGCCACCAAUGAACUGGAUCAACGCUCCAAUGUACUACAAGGGAUGGUAUCACUUGUUCUACCAGUACAACCCCAAGGGCGCGGUAUGGGGCAACAUCGUGUGGGCUCACUCCGUCUCACGCGACCUCAUCAACUGGAUCGCGCUGGAGCCCGCCAUCUACCCGAGCAUCCCGUCCGACCAGUACGGCUGCUGGUCGGGCUCGGCGACGAUGCUGAAAGACGGCACGCCGGCGAUCCUGUACACGGGGAUCAACCGCCCCGACAUCAACUACCAGGUGCAGGUGGUCGCGUUCCCGAAGAACGCGUCGGACCCGCUGCUCCGGGAGUGGGAGAAGCCCGCGGCGUACAACCCGGUGGCGGCGCCGGUGGGCGGCAUCAACGCGACGCAGUUCCGCGACCCGACCACGGCGUGGUACGCGGACGGGCACUGGCGGAUGCUGGUGGGCAGCGUGCGGGACGCCCGCGGGAUGGCGCUCGUGUACCGGAGCCGGGACUUCAGGACGUGGAGGAAGGCCAAGCACCCGCUGCACUCGGCGCUGACGGGGAUGUGGGAGUGCCCGGACUUUUUUCCGGUGUCCGGGCCGGCGCUCCGUGACGGGCUCGACACCUCCGAGGCCGCCGCCAAGUACGUGCUCAAGAGCAGCCUGGACCUCACACGGUAUGACUACUACACCAUCGGGUCGUAUGAUAAGAGGAAGGAUCGGUACUACCCGGAUAACACCAACGGUGACUACCACCGGCUGCGAUACGACUACGGCAACUUCUACGCGUCCAAGACGUUCUACGACCCGGCGAAGCGGCGGCGGGCGAUCCCAAGGAAGAUCUGGCUGGACCCCACCGGGAAGCAGCUGCUGCAGUGGCCCAUCGAGGAGGUUGAGAAGCUCAGAGGAAAGCCCGUCAGUGUGGGCGCCAAGGUAGUCAAGCCCGGCCAGCAUUUUGAGGUCACAGGCCUCGCAACCUACCAGGCCGAUGUGGAGGUGACCUUCGAGAUCUCGAGCUUGGAGAAGGCGGAGCCCUUCGACCCGGCGUACGACAACGACGCGCAGAAGCUGUGCGGCGUCAAGGGCGCGGACGUCAAGGGCGGGGUGGGGCCCUUCGGCCUGUGGGUGCUGGCCUCUGCCGACCUGCGGGAGAAGACGGCCGUCUUCUUCAGAGUCUUCAAGGACGGAUACGGCAAGCCCAAGGUGCUCAUGUGCACCGACCCCACCAAGUCAUCUCUUAGUCCAGAUCUGUACAAGCCGACCUUCGCGGGCUUCGUCGACACUGACAUUUCAAGCGGGAAGAUUGGUCUCAGAAGCUUGAUCGAUCGGUCCGUGGUGGAGAGCUUCGGCGCGGGAGGCAGGACCUGCAUCCUGUCACGGGUCUACCCGUCCAUCGCCGUUGGAAAGGAGGCUCACCUCUACGUUUUCAACAACGGUGGCGUGGACGUCAAAGUGUCAAGCCUGACUGCCUGGGAGAUGAAGAAACCGCUGAUGAACGGCGCCUAA